UCUUCAUUUACGGCCAUCCUUUAAUACCUUUAAUCAAAACCUAUAAAACCCCAAACUCCAUGACUCCCCCCCACUCUCACCCCAAACGCACGCGCCCAUUCCACCUCACACCCCGUCCGGUCCCACCCUCAGUCAACACUCCACGCGCACUCUCCCACGCGCCCUGGAGAAUUUUGCCCUAGUCGCCUGCACUCUCUAUAUCGUGCACCAUCGUCUCCGCCUCCGACUUCCGUAUACACGACGUCGUUUCGAUCUCUGAAUUCGAUCCGUCAUACGACGCCGUUUUGAUUGCCUCUUUUUAUCGGUGAAUUCGGUCCGAUACACGACGUCGUUUUGAUUGCUUUGUUUUCGUCGGUUAAUUUGAAGAGUUGAAGAUGGAACCGAUGGAUAUUGUUGGUAAGACGAAAGAAGACGCUUCAUUACCGAAAGCUACUAUGACUAAAAUAAUUAAGGAGAUGUUGCCUCCAGAUGUACGUGUUGCAAGAGACACUCAAGAUCUUUUGAUUGAGUGUUGCGUAGAGUUCAUUAAUCUCGUUUCAUCAGAAUCAAAUGAAGUCUGUGGCAAAGAAGAUAGAAGAACCAUCGCACCAGAGCAUGUUCUCAAGGCGUUAGAGGUUCUUGGUUUUGGGGAUUACAUAGAAGAGGUUUAUGCUGCGUACGAACAACACAAACUCGAAACAGUGGAUACUGUUAGAGGUGGAAAAUGCACAAAUGGAGCAGAGAUGACUGAAGAAGAAGCAUUAGCGGAACAACAGAGGAUGUUUGCAGAGGCACGUGCUAGAAUGAACGGUGUUGCAACCGCCCCCAAACCGCCUGAAGCCGAAUCAAGUUUGAACGGCCAACUCUUAGAACCCUUUUAAAUUAUAAGAAUAGGCAAGCUUCGUUAACCCCAACUCCUAUCAUGUACAAAGUCCCUUUGGCUUAGUUUACUUUACGGCUACCAGUUUGAAUCUUAGUGUAAUUUGUACUCUUAGUUUAUGUCUAUAUGGUUGCUGAUUAGUAAGGUUUAGUCAAAGUCAAAGCUGCAUUUCAUUUGUUAGGCAUGAUGUGGCUGGAUGAUUUAUUGUUGACUGGGAAAUGAAAUAGAAGGUUGCUUCCAUUAUUUACA